AUGCCAAAGUCAAAACGCGCUAAACUCGUUUCACUGACAAAGGUCGAGAAGAAGACUCGGGAACAUAAAAAUGCACUUUUGAAGGAGGUGCAAGAGAAUGCAGAAAAAUGGCAAUAUUGCUGGCUGUUUGAGGUGGGGAACAUGCGAAAUGCGCAUCUAAAGACUGUACGAAAGCUAUGGAAAGACUCUGCGCGGAUCUUCUUUGGGCGAGGGGCGGUCAUGGCGAAGGCGCUAGGCACAACGCCAGAAGAAGAGCAUCGUUCAGGUUUGCAUAAGCUUGCAAAACAAAUCAAGGGCCAAGUCGGUCUCUUCUUUACUGAUUCCCCGCCCGAGGAAGUCAUCGAGUGGUUUGCGGACUUUAGACAGCCGGAUUUCGCGCGAUCGGGUAACAAGGCUACGCGUACGGUCUUGCUCCCAGCAGGACCAGUUAUGCAGCAACACUCGCUACCACCGGAGCCGUUCCCGCACAACGAGGAGCCGCAGCUACGCAAGCUUGGGCUGCGCACACGGAUGGAACGUGGGGUACCGACGCUCGACGCGCCGCAUACCGUGUGUUCAAAGGGUCGCGUGCUGACUGCGGAGCAGGCGCAGUUGCUGAAGUUGGUUGGGUUGAAGCUGGUCAACUUCAAGGUGGGUUUACGGGCACGAUGGGAGGCGGCGAGUGGGGAAGUGGUUCAGGUAGAGGGCCAGGAGAUUGGUGUUGAAGAGGUCAGAGAGGAUGACGUUCCGGAGGGGGAGAGAGACGGUGAUGGAGAUGAUGAGAUGAAUGAGUAG